AUGAAAGGUUAUAAAAUAUAUAUAUCGGAGUUGGACCAACUCCGAGGCGCUACUUGGUUCUCUAAAAUCGAUUUGGCUUCUGGAUAUCAUCAGAUUCCUAUAGCUGAGUCGGAUGUGAGGAAGACCGCCUUUAGAACAAGGUAUGGACACUAUGAGUUCGUGGUCAUGCCCUUCGGACUGACUAAUGCACCGGCCGCAUUCAUGAAACUCAUGAACAACGUGUUCAGAGACUGUUUGGAUGAGUUCGUGAUCAUCUUCAUAGAUGAUAUCCUGAUCUACUCUAAGAGCCCAGAGGAGCAUACAGUCCAUUUGAGUACGGUCUUGAAGCGGUUAAGGGAACAUCAGUUGUAUGUUAAGCUCAGUAAGUGCAGCUUCUGGCAAAGGGAAAUCAGUUUCUUAGGCCAUGUGGUCUCGGAUAAAAGAGUGUCUGUCGAUCCGGAAAAGAUCAAGUCUAUUGCUGAAUGGCCUAGACCGCGGAAUGCAACUGAGAUUCGGAGCUUUUUUGGGUUUGGCCGGAUACUAUAG